CAUGACCGCUACGGCUAAUUUAGAUAAGGAUUUGCUAGUUUAAAAAGCAGUACAUCGUAUAUAAAUAUAUACUUUUUCGUAAAGUAUCGCCGAAGUUUAAACACAAUUAGAAUGAGUGAAUACUUAUUUGUUUCAAUAAUUUCUUUGGUGUUAGCUUUCCAUUUUGCAGCAGGGUCAGCUGAGGACGGCACACUCCUAGAACAUGUCGUAGAGCGACUGAACCAGAAAGACACGGAAAUUGAUAUGCUUAUGGAUCGAGUUAGGGGAAUGGAGCAAGAGCUCACUGGCUUGAGAGCGCAAUGUUCUGGAAAAGGAGGACAGCAGAAAAGAGACUACCAGAAGCGCGCCAAUGAAAACAACGUUGCGUUCUAUGUAGAGAUGUGGAAUUUCACAGUACAUGCUCAAGCACAUCAAAACCUCAUCUUUGAUCGAGUUACAACAAACAUUGGCACUGGCUAUGACUCAAAGUCUGGCAUCUUCGAAGCACCUGUACCAGGAGUUUACGUCUUUUCUGUGACAAUGAUGGCCGAUCCAAGCCACUACGACCGCUAUCAGAUAAUGAAAAAUGGGUCCGAACUGUUGGGGAACAUGCUUGCUCACGCCCCUACGAACGCGUACGACACGACGGCUCAAACAAUUGUUGUGGUUUUACAAGCCGGGGACCAGAUCUCUGUCCAGCACUCUGAUCCCGACGGAUUUGCCCAUGGCCAUCUUUAUAGUACAUUCGCUGGCUUCCUACAACAAGAAGACUAUUCAACAAUUGUUGGAUGAAAUCAAAUAUUCGAAAUGAUAUCCCAAGUGGCUAAAAAAGAAUGACUAUUGGUGUAAGAUAAACUCUUACAAAUAUAUUAUUCAUUAGCAUUGUUAUAACUUAUUGGAACUAAAUUCUAAGGCAUCUAAUAUUUCAAAAUUUCCGAUUCAGGAGAUUCGUAAAGCAUU